CAAGAACGCAGAUAGCCAAUCAGCGAUUAGCUUAUUCUAAACAGCCAAUCAGCGUUCAGUUUAUUCUCUUGAAUUCUCUACAGCGGUCUGUGUUGUGGCGGGUGAGGUGAGGUCUAUUUACAAAUGUUGCUGGCGGAAGUGAAAAAGCUGAAAGUGGCCGAGUUGCGGGCCAUGUUAACGGAGAGAGGAUUGGACUCGAAAGGCCUAAAGGCCGAGCUGGUGGUUCGGCUCUUAUCUGCAAUUGAAGGCGGUGUUGAGCCCCUCAAAAGUGGAAAUGAAGGGGAAAGUGCUUGUGAAGCGACGGAUCAGAUGAAUAAAACGCCUGCAGAAGAGCUGCAAAAGCCGCAACUUUCGGAAUAUAAACACGGCAAGGAGCCACCUACAAUAUGCACUAGUUCCUCCAAAAAGAGUGUGCAUACUUACACUGAUCAAAGCACACAAACUGACCCACAGCAGCUUUGCUCAUGCACUGCCCCUAGAGACAUAAAACAACUGACCUCGCAGACUGUUAUAACAGAUCACUGCAGUUUACAACAGUCAGCUGCUAUUGUAGAUCCCGUCGUCUUGGCAACCGCUGCUACAGAGGAGGAGAAUGCAGAGUCAGGAUGCACAGCAUCAGUCUCUGCCAUUUUAGAGUCAGUAGCACCACACGAACAAGACCAGUUACACCACAGAGAACCAGAUGGACCUGAGACAGUGGGUACCACCCUGGAGGAAAGUAUGGAGAUGAAGAGGCCUCAUGAGGAGAGGGGCAGAGAUUAUUACGAGUUUAAAGAGGACAUAUAUUACAAAAGAGCUAAGACACCAGAGCCUCUGCCGGAAACUGGAGAUGAUGCUGAAAUAGAUUUUGAAGAUGUUCGACUUGAUUUCUAUAACUGUGACCUGCAUUUUGAAGUGGGUUCCGAUGGAAGCAGUGGACAGCCUCUGUUCUGGGAGAAAUUCCCUCUGCUCUGGUCAGGGUGUAGAAUGACCCACGGAUUUUGUCAAGGAAAGGUUGGAUUCGAAGCCAAGUUUGUGAAGCGUCUGUCAGCACCUGCAUUAGGCACAAGUUUUGAUCCCGAUCUGCACGUGCUCCGAGUGGGCUGGUCUUUGGACAGCACAAGCCUUCAGUUAGGAGAGGUGAAGCUGUCGUACGGUUUUGAUGGGCGGGGGAGAAUAGUAACAGGAGGAAAGGAAGAGGAAUUUGGUGAGCCCUUCUCAGAAGGAGAUGUCAUCAGCUGCUUUGCUUUCAUCAGUGAGAAAGGAGAGGCGACACUUUCAUUUCACAAGAACGGACGAUCUCUUGGAGUGGCAUUUCACUUGACUUCUCUUACUCUUGGAGGUCAAGCUCUCUAUCCCCACGUACUUUGCAAAAACUGCUCGGUUUCUAUAAAUCUAGACCCAGAGACUACUUGGCAUCCUUUUCCCGCUGGUUUCAGCACACUGUUUACCCUUCCUCCUGGUCAAAGGACUCGUGCCCCUUUGCCAAAAGCAUCUAAAAAGGACUGUGAGGUGUUGAUGAUGGUUGGUAUGCCUGGUUCUGGUAAGACCCACUGGGCUCAGGCUCAUAUGGCCCAGUACCCACGGAAACGUUACAAUCUUCUUAGUACGAACUCUAUUUUGGAAUGCAUGAGGGUGCCCCCUGGUGCCAAUCACAGAGAGCUGAUGCUGCAACAGGCCACUCAGUGUGUCAGUCAGCUGAUCAGAAUAGCUGCAGCCAAGUGGAGGAACUACAUCCUUGACCAGGCCAACAUUUAUCCAUCUGCCCAGCGACACAAGAUGCUCUGUUUCCGUGGUUACCAGCGAAGAGCAGUGGUGGUUUUUCCAUCAGAUGAAGUAUGGAGGAGACGUCUCGUACAGCACCAGGAGGAGGAGGGCAUGGCGAUUCCACAAAUGUCUCUCCUCAAGGCCAAAGUGAGCUUCACACUACCAGAGCAGGGAGAGCACCUGGAUGAGGUUAUGUUUGUGGAGCUUGGCUUUGACGAGGCCCUGAAACUCUUAACAGAUUAUAAAGAGGAAGCACGCAGCCAUCUACCCACACCUCCCAAACGCAAAAAGCACAGGCACGGAAGCCAAAAACACCUCAUCCAUCAUUAUGGAUGGAGAGGACCACCAUUGAGCUGUCAGUUACACAAUCAAAACUCAUUCCAGAAAUUUCAUGGUCGGCAUCUGUCUGCUUUUGGUCAGUCUUACGGAUGCAGCAGCGACCCACAGAGAUACCGGAAGUAUUAUAGACCAUAUACUGGACAGUGGAACUUGUCUGACCAAAACCAGAAUUAUGGCAACCUAAAUUAAGGCUUUUCAACAUAGCACAGCUUUUGUUAAUCACUUUUUUGCUGUUUUUAAUGAAAAAUCAUUAUAGCAGGGUAACAUGAUCACCCCAAAUCUGUCCAUGUUUUGUUUUGGCUGGCAAUGCUUUAGCCUUUAAAAAUGAUAUGAUUGGAUCUGUUUUUGUAAUUUCAUUAACCAUCUUUCAUCACCAAGAUUUAGUCAAAAGCAAUGAACUAUGCUUUUGUUUUAUUUUAUUUUUUUAUUUAGAUGUUCCUUUUUUUGUGAUUGUGUCAUUCUUUUUGAAAACUGACUUUCACUUUAAACCCAGAACUGUUAGAGCAUAUUUGCGCCAAAUGAAGAGGUCUUGAUCAUUUGUUCUUAGUUUUAUUUUAACUAUGAAAAUAUGCUGUAUUCAAAUUCACUGAGGGGUCUGUUUACAAACGAAUACAUUAUAUAGAAAACUCGGCAAAAUAUUUUACAUGCAAUCAACACAAGAACUUUUGUGUAUAUUGAAAAUGGCUAAACCUUUUACCACCCACUAGUAUACAAAAUAGAAGACAGUACAUUCAUGAUUUUUAUAUAUAUAUAGAGAGAGAGAGAACGAGAGAGAACUGUUGUAUGCUAGACAACUCAGAAUUAUGUCAUGGUUGUCAUUUUGCAAAUAGCAAGUGAUGUGUUCACUCAUCUUUGUGCUGAUUGUUACUAGUAGAGGUUGUUUCUGUAGUAUAUUAGCAAUCAGGCUUCACUCUCUGAUACAGCAGCACUGCACCCUUUGCUGAAGGACUCAUCUAAUUGAAGUAUUUCCUGGAGAGAGUUUUGCCAAUGUCAUAUUACAUUUCUGAUUAAAUUUUAAUAUUUCCUCAAGAUCUUUCAAACUAUGGAUCUCCAGAGCAAUGUUAUUACAAUGUUAAAACUUGAAAAAUGCAUUGAUUUAUGAAAGCUGUCAGAAAUUCUAAGAUAUAAUCAGGCCUAACUUUUGAAAUAUUCAGACAGUGUCUUGUAAUCAGUUCUCAUGUUAUGCCAACUUGUAUUGUCAUUUUACUUGUAUGUUUUUGCUCA